GACAACCGUCACGCAUCAUCGGCUUAGAAAUCACCAAUUCAAUAUCGCGACACUCCACGCCCUCGUUCGUGAUACAAUUGGGAAGCAAAAUGGCGCCAGGACCGGUAGAAACAACCGAGAAGCAAGAGACGGAGACAGUCGCGCCCAAGAAGCUGCCAAAAGGCGUGGUACUAGGCCCAGAUGGCAAGCCAUGUCGCUCCUGCACCGACGUAUCCUCCUGGUUCGCCAUGUCCAAAUCCUCCGGCUCGACAUCCAAGCCCGCCAAACCGCCCCGCGACUGUCCGCCUGAUGUCUCCGCCCUCGGCCGCUCCUCAUGGACACUGCUGCACUCCAUAACCGCCACAUAUCCCGUCCAACCCACGCCUGACCUGCAAUCCGAGACGGCGAGCUUCCUGCGCACGUUCGGCAAGCUGUACCCGUGCUGGGUGUGCGCCGAAGACUUCCAGACGUGGAUGACGCAGAACACACCGAGGGUUAGCUCGAGGAGCGAGUUUGGGCAGUGGAUGUGCGAGGCGCAUAAUGCGGUGAAUGUUAAGCUGGGGAAGAAGGAGUUUGAUUGCGCGAAGUGGGAGGAGAGGUGGAGGACGGGGUGGAAGGAUGGGAGGUGUGAUCCGUGAUGAGUUGUCGCCAAGGGCGUUACCUACGGGGAUAUAGAAGACGUGGACACGAUGUAUGAUAUGUGUAUGAAGAGUUGGGAUGGGUGUUGUAGGCAUAGCGGACACACCACUGUACGAACACACGAACUUGCAUAUACACGGGCAUAGGGACGGCGUUUGGGCAAGGUCCCCUCAAUCAACCGAUUAAUCAAUCAAUCAAUCAAUCAAUCAGUCAAUUCAUCAA